AUGUCUGUGGCCUGUUUCACUAAGCAACUGCUCAGAUGCGCAGUGUUUAAUUCAAUAGGAAAGCGCACGAGACCGGCAAUUCGUACUUUGUCUCAUCGCGAGCAUCGAAACCUGCCGCUCAACCGUGCACGUGCAACUCCAAUUUACCGACCCUGGAGAUGCCACAGAGACUUCCAUACAACAAACUCAGCCAUGAUCGCAAGAAUCAUGACGGCGGAUGAGAUGUUUUCCAGAAAAUCCCUGCAGGACUACUUGAGGACAGUGGAAACGGAGUAUAACGAGUGUCUGCGUGCUGUGAACUCCGCACACCUACAAGCAGACGAUGAGGAGGUGAGAGCAAAAAGGACAAGGGUGACUGCUUUAGAUCCUCUAGUCCAAAAAAUCAAGGAGCUGGAAGAAAAACAAAGGGAUUUGGAAGAGACCGAGUCAUUACUGAAAGAAAAUGACCCUGACUUGCGCGAGCUUGCAGAGACAGAAAAGCAGCACUGCCUGGCAGCCAUUCAAGAAAUUAAACAAACGAUUUUCUCUCUUCUUAUCCCCGAGGAAGAAUCAGACAUGAGCGAUCUGGUCCUAGAGGUCACCGCUGGGAUUGGAGGUCAAGAGGCCAUGCUUUUUACCGCAGAGAUAUUUGACAUGUAUCAGAAUUAUGCUGCUUUCCACGGCUGGGGCUUUGACAUGCUGGAAUACAUGCCAAGUGAUAUAGGGGGUGUACGACAUGCCUCAGCCAGCAUCAGUGGCCCACUGAGCUAUAAGAAGAUGAAGUUUGAAGCAGGCGUCCAUCGGGUCCAAAGAAUACCGAAGACAGAGAAGCAAGGCCGCAUGCACACCAGCACUAUGACGGUGGCAAUACUGCCACAGCCUGCAGAGAUCUCUUUCACUAUUAACCCCAAAGACUUGAGGAUUGAAACGAAAAGAGCCAGUGGAGCUGGAGGACAACAUGUUAACACAACUGACAGUGCUGUUCGGAUCGUCCAUUUACCAACAGGCACAGUGUCUGAGUGUCAGCAGGAGCGAUCCCAGAUCAAAAACAAAGAGAAAGCCAUGAAGGUGUUACGGGCCAAGCUAUACAGCGCAAAGCUGGAAGAGGAGACGAGUAAGAGAUACCAGGCCCGCAAACUCCAGAUUGGCACCAAAGGCAGAUCAGAAAAAAUACGGACUUACAACUUUGCACAAGAUCGGGUCACUGACCACCGGAUCGGGAAAACGCUGCAUGAUGUACACGGAUUUUUAUUAGGGGAGGAGCUGCUGGACGAGAUGAGCAUGUCUUUGCAGCAGUUUUCAGAACAGGAAGCUCUCAUGGACAUUGUUGAAGGUCAAUAACUGAGAUCAAGAAUUGUAUAUGGCAUUAAUUUAAAAUAAUGAAUAAAUCCUUUCUUUUAAGCACAUUGCUUGAUUGUUACUGAGCUUCAAUACUUAACGGAUAUUCCUCAGGCU